AUGAGUAAAAUAUAUGAAAAUCAGGAAGAAGCAUUUUUAAAAGAUCAAAUCCUUAAUCAAUUAAGUAAUGAAACAGCAAUCAGUUAUGUAGGUUGCUUACAUGCACGAGAAUCUGAAAGACAAGAAACUUUUCUACAAAAUUGUGAAAAAAAAUCUAUUCCAAUUACUGUUCCUUCAUUAGGGAUAAAUUUAGACUUAAAAGUUUCUAAAUACACAAUUAUUAAUGAUGAUUGUGAUGUUUCUUUUGAAAGUAAAAUGAUUUUCAAUGGAAUUGCGGUUAAAUGGAUUGGAAAAAUUAAUAAAUUUUCUUUAUUGGGAAAAGGACAUUUUGAACUAGAUAAGGAAGAAUCUAAAAACCAAAGUCAACAUUGGAAGAAUGUUGCAUUCUAUAAUGACAAAAUUCAAAAAAUAAAAAAUACAAUACUUUAA